AUGCAGGUCUCCCGUAGAUCCAGGCGGGGAAUCAGGAUAUCCGAGAAAGGAAAACAAGAAAAUGGAAAUGAAGAAAGUCCCCAUUACAGUGCCAUAAUGUCAAGCGGGAAGAAUGGGAAAUGGGGAGCCACUCAAAAGGAAAUGGAAAUUAAGAAAGGAUCUUUGGGAAGCCAGAAAGGGGCAUUACAUCAGCGAAGCAAAGAGAAGAAUCAAGGGGCUGUAGAGAAGGAAAGAGGAAAGAAACUGUCAAGGAAGGUUUGCCGACCGUUAUCUCUAACGGGAAAAGGUGUUCUCGGGCCUCACCCUCAGCGUCUGGAAGGCCCCAAGUCAGGGCCCAGGAAAUCUGGAGGCCUGAAUCUCUCCACAGCCACGAUGGGAGUGGUCUCAGAGGGGUUGGUCUCUGGAACGAAGCCCAUCUCCUUUCAUCCGUCUUCCCCCACUAAAAGCCUGCCAGUAACUCGAGAAGUAAAAGGCCCGCAAGAAACUCUUAUUCAAAUCGUUGAAGUGGACCAGGUUACUUCACCUAAGAGCUUCCCACCCAAUCCAGAUACUCCUAUGACGACGACUCGAACGAAACACGCGAAGUCGGAAAAAUCACCCAAAACGAAAAAAGGAGCGGUACGUGGUGCAGCAGGCGAGCAAGGCACUCCAGAUAUGGUCGCCGGUGAAGGACAAGAAAAAGAAGGCAAAAGCCCGAGCCACUAUCAUCACCCUUCAAGAGAUCAGUGCUUGGACCCGAACCAAUCAGGACACUGCCUUGCCUGCGCCGCCGGAUCCUACGGCGAUCGCAACGGAAGAUAG